AUGGGGCAACAAGUCAGUGAUGCUAAUUCCUUUUGGGUCCAAACUUUGCAUCUUUGGCAUCUACCCCUUUGGCAAACUCUGAUUCAACUGCGCUGUGUCUACACACCGCGCAUCAAAGCGCGCAGCACCCCAAGAAUGCUGGAUGCACCUAUGAGUCCAUGCACGUUCGUGUGCUACGAGGUUACAGAAUUCUUUCCCACUUGGACCCUUCCUAACCCUUCCUAG